AUGUCUGCCCUCUUUCAACUCGGUCAGAUCCUUAGGGGCCAGAUCGGUUCGUAUACCAUUAUCAAACGGCUUCAAGAAUCUGUUUGGCUCGCGACAUCUCAAAGCAAGCAAACGGUGAUAGUUAAAAGCGUUUGUCACUUUCGCCUUCAGAAUGAACGCGAUGUGCUCAAAAGUUUCCAAUCUCGCUCUCCCUUUGUACGCCCGUUGAUAGAUGAGAUUGCGGACCCCUCAGACCCACCGGCUAUUGUUCUAAAAUACGCAGCCGACCAUCUUCUGAAUGCUUCAGUCUCAAGAAAACUCACGAGCCCAGAGAUCAAGUAUGUUGCCAGAAGAAUCCUAGAGGCGUUCAGAAUGUUACAUGAAGAUGGCUUUGUGCAUACAGUUUUAAAGCCAAUAGCGCAUUUUUCACACGGAGGAUAUGCUAAGGACGGUGAUCUCAUAGGUGCACCUAUCUGGCGAAGCCCUGAACCACAGCUGCAAAUCGGCUGGGGAACACCUACAGACAUAUGGUCUUUUGGUAGCUUGAUCAUCACUCUGGUCUACGGCGACAAUUUCUUCCUGUUCGAACCAGAUGUUCCUGCCGGCCAUGAAGACUACGAACUGAGAAUUCUAACAAGACAAUGCCAAUUCUUUGGCCCGUUCCCUGUGACAUAUCAAGGCAUUUCGAGCCUUGAAACCCUAGCGAUCCUGACAUACAUAAUGCGGAGUUUACCGCCUGAAAAGUAUAAACCCUUCAAGCGAAUUACAGAAAAGGAAGUUUCGAAGGUAGACAGAGAUUUUAUUCUCAAAAUCAUGAAACUUGAUCCAAGGGACAGGCCUUCAGCUAGAGAGCUCCUGGAAGAUGAAUGGUUCAAUAUUGAAACUUGA